CAGCGCUGCGGGUGUCUUGAAGGAGGGUCGAGGCCUUGGGGACCUGUUCCUCAACCUCAGCGGAUGAAUGGCGACUGUGGAUGACCUCAAAUUUCAAGAAUUUGACGAUGCAGCUAAUUUGCUUGCAGCAAAUCCAGAUGCUACCACAAUAAGCAUCGAUGAGCCAGUUGAAAUCCCCAAGAAUCAGCGCGGCCGUCUGCAGGAGCCAGGGAGAGAAGAGGAUGAUGAAUUACUGGGGACCGAUGACUCUGAUAAAACAGAGCUGCUUGCAGGACAGAAGAAAAGUGCCCCUUUCUGGACAUUUGAGUACUACCAGACGUUCUUUGAUGUGGACACAUACCAGGUCUUGGACAGAAUCAAAGGUUCGGUUUUCCCAGUACCAGGGAAGAACUUUGUAAGGCUGUAUAUCCGCAGCAAUCCUGACCUUUACGGUCCCUUUUGGAUAUGUGCCACACUUGUUUUUACUAUUGCUGUUAGUGGCAAUCUCUCGAAUUUCUUCAUCCAUCUGGGCAAACCAACGUACCACUAUGUACCCGAGUUCAGAAAAGUGUCCAUAGCAGCAACAGCGAUUUAUGCGUACGCUUGGCUUGUUCCCCUUGCUCUCUGGGGAUUCCUGAUGUGGAGGAACAGUAAAGUUAUGAACAUUGUCUCCUACUCGUUCCUGGAGAUAGUGUGUGUAUAUGGCUACUCCCUCUUCAUUUACAUUCCCACAGCGAUUUUAUGGAUCAUUCCACAAAAAGUGGUGCGCUGGGUCCUGGUGAUGUUCUCCUUGUGCCUUUCGGGAUCUGUUUUGGUGAUGACCUUUUGGCCCGCUGUCCGAGAUGACAACCGGAGGAUUGCACUGGCGACCGUGGGAACCGUUGUUCUGCUUCAUGCCCUGCUGGCUGUUGGCUGUUUGGCAUACUUUUUUGAUGCCCCUGAACUGGAUUUUCCUGCACCUAUUAUCCCUGCUCACAAUGGAACAACAGUAGUAACAAAGAGUCAGUAAAUAAGGU